CCCAAAACAAGAAACCAAUUAAAUUACUCACUACAGAGAUAGGAGUAUCACCCUCUAGAAGAAGAAAAAUGGUGACUGCCGUUUCAAACGAUCCAAGGCAAAAUCACAACGUAAGAAAAGACCAUCAUCAUGGAAUAGUUGUAGUCGAAGAAGUUGAAGGUCUUAUAAAAGUUUACAACAAUGGCCACAUUGAAAGACCACCUAUUGUCCCAAAUGUUCCAUCUAAUUCCCUGCCUAAUCACAACGUCAUAGCCAAAGAUGUCAUUUUACACAAUCCAACUAAUUUAUGGUCCCGAAUUUACCUUCCCAACGCUGCAAAUAAACUGCCUUUGCUUGUUUACUUUCACGGAGGCGGUUUCUCCGUAGGCUCUGCUGCAUGGAAAUGUUACCAUGAUUUCUUAGCAAAUCUUGCUUCGAAAAUUGGCUGUGUAAUUAUGUCAGUUAAUUAUCGUUCAGCACCCGAAAAUCGUCUUCCUGCUGCUUACGACGAUGGAUUCCACGCCAUAACGUGGCUAAAAAAUCAAGCGCUAGCCAAUUACAAAGAACAAAAUUGGUGGUCCAGCAAAUGCAAUUUUUCCAACAUGUUCCUAAGUGGUGACAGUGCUGGUGCUAAUAUUGCUUAUCACGUAGCCAUUAGGCUAAAUUCGUAUAAUCUCAAGCCUUUGUGUCUCAAAGGACUUAUUUUAAUCCAACCAUUUUUCGGAGGCGAAUCACGGACUCACUCUGAGAAAUAUUCAGUUCAGCCUUCAUACUCUGCUUUGAAUUUAUCUACUUCGGAUACUUUCUGGAGACUGGCGUUGCCAGUGGGUUCGAAUCGUGACCAUCCAUGGUGUAGGCCAAGACUGAGUAAUAAUAUGAAACUGCCGUCUGUGUUGAUCUGUAUAUCGGAGAUGGACAUACUCAAAGAUAGGAAUUUGGAAAUGUGUAGUGUACUGGCAGAUGCUGGAAUUAAAGUGGAAAAGCAGGUUUAUAAAGGUGUAGGCCAUGCAUUUCAGAUUCUGCAUAAUUCUCCACUCUCUCAGCCAAGAACUCAAGAUAUGAUGUCUCAUCUCAAGGCUUUUGUCAACAAUCAUUAACUUAAGAGUAUUUAGUAGUAAUUGUUGGAUAUGUAGAAUGAUUUAAUUAUAUCUAUCUCUAUUUAGUGUGCAAAUUAAUGUUGUGAUGCUAUGGCUUAGAUAUAUAGCUAACUAGGGCAGGAGU